CCAUAAUUGGUCCAAGAAAAGAUCUCACCCUAAGAAAUCCUUGUUUCCACUCUCUAAUCCCAGCAUUUACCUACUCCCAUAUUGAUCAAUGGCCAGGACCUGGUUUUGCUUUUGAAGGGAAGUGUUUAAGUAGACAACCUCCACCCGAGGAAUUGGCUUCCUUAUGCCGAUAAUAUGAUUGAAGUUGGUUGGGAUCGUGCCCUGAACAGCCAGCAGGAGGUGCUGGUUGGGAUAUGUAGUUGGUGAGCAAAUUCUGGAUGUUAGGGUUAGAUAAUAAUUCUGAGGUCAUGCCCCCUCUAUGAUGCAAUCUUGAAUCCUUUACAAAUAGGAUCUGCGAUUUACAGGUGGUAGUGUGUUGACCUAGACAGAAUUGUGCUGCAAAUGAUAUAAAUCAUUGCUGCAAAUCACUGUAUCAUUAUAUCUGAAUGUAUGUCACCUCUUUAUUACUUGUCACAUUUUAUUCCUCAGCAGUUGUUUUUAUUGACAUUGCUGAUGCUUUUACCUGCCAUAGGAAUGUGUAGAGUUCCAAAGGCUCUUUUAAAAGUUGUAUUCCUCCUAUGACAUUUAUUUUAAAUGCAAUUCAAGUUGAAAAGUGCUUCAUCUUUUAUAAUCUAUUCUUUGCCCUGCAUACCAUACUUCAUUUAAUUUCCAAGAUUCUUUCUAUUCAGUAACCUGAAAAGAAUAUCUGUUGGCACCACUUCCCCUUUUCUUAUAUUAUUUUUGUUGGCAUAAUACCUAGAAAACUGUUGGAAAGGAAAUGUUUUUAGUAUUUAUAAUGCAGGCUCAGUGUCAUGCUGACUGAAUUGUCAGAAGGCUGGUUAAACAGGUAAAGUUAUGAAAGAUGUUUUGAAUUAGAAGGAUACUUUCAGUUUGGAAACUUUAUAUCAUGGCACUGUUAACGUUACUUUCUUCCAUAUCUUUAGCUCUUUGCUUUGACGAGGCCUUUAAUGCAAAGAGAAAGUUGAGAUUACUGCAAGAAAAUUUGGAAACUGAGAGAAGGAAGGGCAUGGGGAAUCAGUGGGGCAGAGAAAGAAAUAAACAUGGCUUCUUUAAAGCCAGCGUUAAAGUAGUUGAGAGCUCCUGUCUGACGUAUAUGAACGUGCUAUUCAGAAGAAUUCCAAAAGGCAAUGUGAUGUUGUCCAAAAGCCAUGAGGCCAAGAAAAAUAACCAUUUAUUGAAGGCUUUUCCUUCAAUAAAUGCCAGCACAUUCAUUUUACAUUUGUUGUAACUAUAUUUUUUUUAAGUUUAUUUGAGCAAUCCAAGACAUUGUUCUUCAGCAGAUGUUUGUUGUCUGAACAUGGUUUGUAGCUAAAGCCAUUCAAUUCUAGACAGAGGGUGUGGAUUAACAUUUACUUAUGAUCUGACAAACCUUUUUUUGCUCUUAAAUUGAACACUACCAGGGUGUGCCUGACAAAUUACACAUAUUUUCUCAUCAUCUGGAAAAGAUUCUUUAAAAAAGUAAAUAGAGAAAAGUUUGGCUCUGUAUACAUAUUCAUCCCUUUUCAUUCUCCCUUCUUAAAAUUGUCAUUUGUGGGUAAAGUAAAUGGCUACAUAUGGAGAGGAAGGAGACUUGGAAUGUAGGGAGUGUUUCUUCAGACUCCUUUUUCAAGUUUUUUGUUGCUACUUGGAAUAUAGGAAAAGGUGGGUUCCAGUGUUAAUAACUGUGUUACAAAUAUAAUUGUGUAAUGCAGUGUGCCCUUAUAUGGACAGAAGUAGGAGGGAUGAAUAUUUCUUAGGCCUCAGUUCUACAAGUACCGAAUAUCUCUUCUGAGAUGUUAGGGCCCAUCAUCACUCAGUGGGAAUCUUAAUUAACACCUUGCAGGACAGACAUGAUACACAACAGACCCGCUCCUGUCCAUAUUGAACCCAGCAGUCUUGAAUCUGACAGUAUUAGAUUCAGAUCUUUGACCUCUAUGCAGUCCAUUGAACCAUUACAGAAUUGUACUGAGGCCACAAAGAGUAGCAGUCGGGUAGCAUUGUUAUGUUAGCACUACACUGCUCUCUCUAUUCUCAGCUUAAGGGAUAUGAGCAUGAAAGGUCUGGCUGAAGGAGGAGGCUCACACAGCCACAUUAUGUAGUGCUAUGCCACUUCUUCAGUUCUCAGCAUUGAAAGCAUGAAGGUCAGAGGAGGAUGCAUGACCAGAACAUGGCUGUGUCUUGGUGUUCCCUGUCUAACUUGAUUACCACUGGUGCCAGGAAAAGUAACAAUAAGUCUGCUCUGAUUUGCUUUGGUGGGGACCAGUUGGCUUCCAGGAGCACAAAAGUUUUGGAGAAGGAGCUGGAUUUCAAUGCCACUACAGAAUACUGAUAUGCACCAAUUGCUGAAGCUUGGGUCAUCCUCAGAUCACUCACAGAAGUGCUUUAGGAAGCAUGACUUGAUCUCCCUCUUGUGGAAAGAAAUUGGAAGUGAACAUUUGUGAUUUGAAAAAAACAAAACCAACUAACAAUUAUGGCAACAGCAACUACGCCACCUGCUGCUGCAUCCAACCUUCCAGGGAAUGAUGGAACUGACUUUCUGAUCGUGCUACACUACAACUACACAGGAAAACUUACUCUCCGAGAAAAGGCAACAGAUAGCAUAGACUUUACAACUGUGGCAUUUCUGAUCAUAUGUAGCUUCAUAGUCUUGGAGAACUUGAUGGUGUUAAUUGCCAUAUGGAAAAAUAACAAAUUUCAUAAUCGGAUGUACUUUUUUAUUGGCAAUCUAGCGCUCUGUGAUCUCCUCGCUGGAAUUGUUUACAAAGUAAAUAUUCUUAUGUCUGGCAAGAAAACUCUGAGUUUGUCCAGCACAAUCUGGUUCAUUAGGGAAGGCAGUAUGUUUGUUGCCCUCGGAGCUUCUACUUUGAGCUUAUUAGCCAUAGCCAUUGAGAGACAUCUGACUAUGAUUAAAAUGAGGCCUUACGAUGCAAAUAAAAAGUACAGGGUGUUUCUUCUUAUUGGAACUUGUUGGCUUAUCUCAGUUUCCCUGGGUGCCUUACCAAUUCUUGGCUGGAACUGUAUUGACAAUUUGCCAGAUUGCUCAACAAUUUUGCCUCUGUAUUCUAAGAAAUACGUUGCCUUUUGCAUAAGUAUCUUUAUAGCCAUUUUGGUGGCUAUUGUUAUUCUUUAUGCACGUAUUUACAUACUGGUAAAAUCCAGUAGCCGUAAUGUCACUAAUCAUAAUAACUCAGAGAGAUCUAUGGCUCUGCUUAGAACAGUUGUGAUUGUAGUCGGCGUUUUCAUUGCCUGUUGGUCUCCAUUAUUCAUUCUCUUGCUCAUAGAUGUCGCCUGCAAAGUAAAACAGUGUGCCAUUUUGUAUGCAGCUGACUGGUUUAUUGUCUUGGCUGUCCUCAAUUCUGCAAUGAAUCCUAUCAUCUACACUUUGGCCAGUAAAGAAAUGCGCCGGGCUUUCUUCCGUCUUGUUUGUGGCUGUCUAGUGAAGAGCAACGUGGCUAGAUCUUUACCUAUUCAGCACACCCCUGAUCAAAGUCGGAGUAAGUCUAGCAGUAGCAAUACCCAGAAGCCAAAGGAGGAUUUUCCACAGAUUAAUGUUCCCCCAUGUAUUAAUGAAAAAACUGAAUCUUCUUUUCACAAUGGAAAGUUUUGCAAAUAAAAGACUUUGCAAGUCAAAUACUCAUCUACAGCUGUUUGGAUGAAAUUACAGAGUUUAUCAAUUUUCAAGCACUUAAAUCAUAGGGAAAAACACUAACCACUUAUUUAACUUUGAGUACCUAUUUAUCAUACAAAUCAGCUUGUUUUGGAUAUUAAUUCGGUAAAAGAUCUGACUCAGGAAAACUCUAUAUAGUAGCCAGAGCCCUUGUAUGUGUAAAGUCCUUGUAUGUGUAAAGAUGGCAUAUAUUGUAUGGAUGUGUUUGGCACAGUCUAACUUUACAAUGCAUUUAGCUCACCUGUACGAAACAUCAACAUUCAUUAAGCACUGUGGGCAAUGAAAAAAUGACCCUGCUUAUUGUUAAAUUGGACACAGAUUAAUUACAUUAUCCAAUGUGUGUUAUAAUUCUGUACAUGUAUCUUGCUGUUUAUUUUAAUGGUCUUACAUAUAUGUAGUAUAAAUAACUGUAUAUUUGUACAUUCCUUUCUUAAAUAGUCAUUUUAUAGCAAAAGUUUACAUUAUACUACACAUAAUAUUAUACUAUAUAAUGUAAUAUAACAGAUUAUACAAAUAUGUAGAUGCAUUUCAAAUAGUAUGUUUGAAAAUGUAUGAAGAAAUCUGAUCUGAAAGGACAAGCUAAAUAUGCAGUAUUAACUGAGUAGUUUGUCUUACAACCAUUACCACAAGUCCUCAACUUUAAAUGCAACAGGCACAACUCUUGCCCCGUAACUAAAUUUAAAGCAAAUAGUGGUAAAUAACCAUUAGCAUUAAGUAGGUUUGUUAUUUAAAGUAAUUAAAAUGUGACUCAAUAGGACACAUAUAGCAAGUGUAUGUUCUUGUACUAUGUCUUUACUAUUUGCAGUGUUUAAAAAUACGUGAAACCUGUGUAAGUAUGUAUACCUUGUAAAUGCACUACAUGAACUAACAUUCUCCCACUGCAAAGCUAAGACGACAUAAUUUCAAAUGACAGUAGACAACAAGAUCCUCACAGAACUUGUGGAAUUUCAUCAGGAGCUACUACAACAUGGAGCUUUAUUAGGUCUUUCUGGGGACAGGUCCAGCCAAUGUAACACUGUUCCUGCAGAAUCAUGUUACAAGAUGGAAAAUACAAAAUAGCAAGACCACACAGAAGGAAAGCAAUCCAUGCACAAUUAUUCCUUCUUCUGUAUCUGGAAUUACUGUUCUGAAAUCCUCUGGAUUUGGAAAGCCUUGCUUUGUCCACACUCCUUGGUAUCCCAUAUCCCCUUCAAUGAAGAAUUCUACAGGAGACUUCAGGGCACAGCUUUGCGGAGGGUUUCUCUACCAUCCUUACUCUCUUCAAGUGUAUUCUCCAUCAGAUGGGGCAGCAUGGCUUACUGUGUUCAACAUUUGCUUAAUAUUAUGGUAUGAGUUGGCAUAAAUCUACUGAAAGCAAUUUAGCAUGGGAGAUUUAUUCACAGGCUGAGAAGCUGGCUCAUGAUUGUUUUGUGAAUUGUACUUUUCAGGCUCAGAUUCUCAAAGGAGCCUAAGUGUGUUAGCUGUUCCAAGUCUAAUGCUCAUUAUCUUGCAAGCACCUAACUUCCAUAGGCCCCUUUAAAAAAUCCCAACUUUAAUUUCUCAAACUAAGGGGGAAAAAGCAUAUGAUUUUUUAUUUACAACUUAUAAAAAUGGUCCUUAUUUUUUCUCUUAUCUUAAUCAUGUAAAGCAUCUACAUAAAAUAAUAUUUCCAAGUAUGUACAGUGUAUAAAUCAUGUAAGGUCUGGAAAAAGCUUUUCUAAAUAUACUGUUUUACAUUUUGAUUAUUUUUUCAAGGCAAGAGUCUACUUGUAAAUAGGUCAGGAGUGUCCCUUUGAUUUUUGUAAAGAGAAAUAGCUGAAUUUUCAACAAUUGUGAAUGAUACAAGUAACUAUCAAGUGUCUUACACAAAAUAGAGACUGCCCCAAGCACUAAAUAGUAAUUUAGACACUAUAUGGAAAGAAAGUCUAGCAAAGCUGAACUAGAAAACAUGUGUCAUGAUAUGGGAGAUGAGCUGUGGAUACGAAUUGAGUCAAAAUGUCUGAUUCACAUCUGUAUUUGUGCUGUAAAUGGAACUACUUACAUAGUGGUGCUGUGGUUUCAUUCUUUAGACUUCAGAGUGAUAUUUCGAUAUACUUUUCAGCCUGGAGAGCUUUCCUGAAACAAGAGUCUUUGAAAAAUACUUGCUAAAAUUCCGGUGUUCUCUGUUCUUCUAAAUGUUUGCUUUGAUUAAAUGAUCAGUCCUUCCAAAA